CUUUCAUGAGUUGAACUAUAUACGAAUAUAUACGUCUUCUAAUAUUUUCGAACUGAUUUAUUUGGUUAAGAUGAUCGUUUUUUUACACAAUUAUUUAUUGAAAAGGGUUUUCCGAAUAUUAAAUUUGUUGUAGUUGUUUUUACAAUAAUUUAAAAUAUAAAUAUCAAAACAGGACGUGAGGCAGCAGUUCAUAGCGUAUACAUAAAGUGAAACGCAUCCCUAAAAAGGUUUUGACAGUUCAUGGUUACGGACGUUUGUGAAGUUUGGUUAAAUUAAAGAAUUUUAAUAAAACGGGCAUGGAAAAUACUUCAAAUAAGGAAGAACAAAACCAGGAUGAUUCAGAUUCUGAAAUACAUGAAGUAGAACCAAGGCUGAAAUAUGUUAGGAUGCGAAAUGCUUUGGAGCAUAUAUUGCAAAAUGAUGCAGCCAGUUGCAUUGCAGUGCAUCCCAAGUUUCUAUGUUUAGGCUCUCAUUGGGGCAUGAUACACCUUUUAGACCAUCAAGGAAAUAAUAUUGAGUCUAAAAGUCUACAAGCACAUACAGUUGCUGUCAAUCAGAUUUCUAUAGAUUAUAAUGGAGAUUUCAUUGCAUCUUGCAGUGAUGAUGGAAAAGUUUUUAUAUAUGGUCUUUAUAGUACUGAAAACAACCAUAAUAUAAAUAUGGGUAGAUUAGUUAAAAGUGUAGCUAUAGAUCCAAAUUAUUAUAAAAGUGGUAGUGGAAGAAGAUUUAUUACAGGAGACGAUAAAUUGGCUUUGUAUGAAAAAACUUUUUUGUCCAGAAUGAAAGUAACUGUAUUAUGUGAAGCAGAAGGUGGAGUACGAUCAGUGGCAUGGAUUGGACAUUUUGUAGCUUGGGCAUCUGAUACUGGUGUUAGGGUUUAUGAUUUAAAUGCUAGAUGUUCCCUAGGUCUCAUUAAAUGGUCUAGGUCUGCUGAUGCAUUACCAGAACAUUACCGGUGUAAUCUUCGAUGGUCAGAUGAUAGAACAUUAUUAAUUGGUUGGGUUGAUAUAGUACGUAUCUGUCAAAUUAGAAAACGAUCAAUACAAGAGAUGGUUAAUAGAGAUUUACCAGAAUACGUAGUAGAUCCAGUUUCAACGUUCCAAGUGGAUUUUUACAUUUCUGGUAUUGCUCCUUUAGAAAAUCAAUUAGUAUUAUUAGGCUGUUUGAAGGAAUUAGAUGAAAAUGGAAAGAGUCAACGACCAACGUUACACGUUGUUGAACCAAAAUAUCAGGAUUUUUCUGUUGUUUGUGCAAGUUCUCUUACACUUCGUGGCUACAAGGAAUAUAGUUGUAAUGAUUAUCAUUUAGACUGUUUGAAAGAAGAAAACAGGUUUUUUAUUGUAAGUCCAAAGGAUAUUGUUGUAGCUAGUUUAUAUGACGUUGAUGACAGAAUUGAAUGGCUCUUAAGUCAUGGAAAAUUUGAACAAGCAUUAGAAGCAGUAACAAUAAAUGAUGGACAAGAUUGUAAAAAAUACACUUUAGUUAACGUCGGCCGUGUAUAUUUAGAUCAUUUACUAGCUUGUGGAAAAUAUGAUGAAGCAGGGAAAUUGUGUUUGAAAAUUUUAGGAAAGGAUAAAAAAUUGUGGGAAGAAGAAGUAUAUAAAUUUGCAAGAGUUCAUCAAUUACGAUCAAUUUCAUCUUAUCUUCCAAGAGGUGAUGUGACGUUGGAUCCGUUAAUUUACGAAAUGGUUUUGUACGAAUAUUUGAAAAUGGAUCCUGACGGAUUUCUUCAACUAGUCAAAGAAUGGCCCCCCAAAUUAUAUAAAGUUACAGCUGUUGUGAAUGGAGUUCUAGAGCACCUUUUACUCCAUAAUCAACGGCAAAACGUGCUUUUAGAAGCUUUAGCCAUUUUAUAUAUUCACGAUGGAAAAUACGAUAAAGCAUUGGCUAUGUAUUUAAAGCUAAGACACAAAGAUGUGUUUCAGCUUAUUCAAAAAUAUCAAUUGUACAAUACUGUUUACGACAUGAUAGAAGGUUUAAUGGACUUAGAUGCAGAACGUGCUAUACAAUUUUUUUUAGAGAAAGACAACGUGCCAUCUGAUAUCGUUGUACAAAAGUUGCAGCAUAAUCAUCGGUAUUUAUAUUUGUAUUUAGAUGCAUUGGAUAAAAAGAAUACGAAAGAUUCAAAAGGCAAAUAUCAUGGAUUACUAGUCCGACUAUAUGCUGAUUACUCUCGAGAUAAAUUAUUACCACUUUUACGUCGUUCCGAUAACUAUCCAAUUCAACAAGCGUUAGAUAUUUGCAGUCAGCGACAAUUUUAUCCGGAAAUGGUAUAUUUGCUUGGUAGAAUUGGAAAUACUUCUGAAGCUUUAGCACUUAUGACGAGAGAAUUAAAUGAUAUAGAAAGUGCGAUCGCAUUCUGUCAAGAACACGAUGAUGAAGAAUUGUGGACCGAUUUGAUUAAUUAUUCUUUAGAUAAGCCCAAGGCCAUCACAUUUCUUCUUCAAAAAAUUGGUACAUACGUCGAUCCUAGACUUAUGGUACAAAAGAUAAACCCAACUUUAGAAAUUCCUGGAUUGAAGAAAGCUUUAGUUAAAAUGAUGUGUGAUUAUAAUCUUCAAGUUUCAGUACAAGAAGGUUGCAAAAAAAUUUUAUCUAUCGAUUAUUUUAAUUUACACGAAAGAUUGGUUAAGUGCCAUACAAAAGGAAUAUUUAUAGAUGAUGAUCAAAUGUGUGGAGCUUGCCAUAGGAAAAUAAUUAACCGAGGAAUUUAGUCGUAUUUUAUUGUAAACAUUCAUUUCACGAAGAUUGUUUACCCAACUUGGAAGUAGUGGAAAAUUGUGUUAUAUGUAACUCG